GCGGAGAGCCUGGAGCAGGCAGAAAUUGUUCCUAGCAAGGGUGACUGGUGGGAGGAGUUCGGUUUGCUAAGUACUGUCAUUUGCUGAAAGAAGGUGUGUGCUCCAGAAGGAGUUUUAACCUGGCGGUUCAUUAACUCUUUUCAGCCAGCUGGUUAGCAGUGGUGGCUUGGAAAGUUUGUCCUGGAAGAUUUUGCUGUGGAAGAGCACAGAGGAGGUGUGAAGUGAUUUUUCAUGGGGGACCAUUUUGACCAGGGCCAGCAUGCCUUACUCAAUGAAGGACAGGAGAAUGAGAUGGAAAUAUUUGGCUAUCGAACUCAAGCCUGCCGGAAAACCCUUUGCCUUGCUGGAUCCAUCUUCUCUCUUGGGCUCCUCCCGUUGGUGUUUUACUGGAGACCUGCUUGGCAUGUGUGGGCAAAUUGUGUCCCCUGCUCCCUGCAAGAAGCAGACGUUGUAUUGCUGAGGACAACUGAUGAAUUCCACACUUAUAUUCGGAAAAAGGUAAUGUGGAUCUCCUUGUCAACAUUAAACAGCGCGUUUGGUCUCACUCCUGACCAUCCUCUCAUUACAGAUGAGGAGUGUAUCAUCAGUAGAGCCAUAAGAAAACCAGACCUAAAGGUGAGAUGCAUACACGUGCAGAAAAUAAGAUAUGUUUGGAACAAUUUAGAAGGACAGUUCCAGAAAAUUGGCUCCUUGGAAGAUUGGCUCAGUUCUGCCAAGAUUCAUCUAAAAUUUGGAUCAGGUCUAACAAGACGGGAACAAGAAAUUAGGAGGUUAAUAUGUGGGCCUAAUACUAUUGAUGUUGAAAUCACACCGAUUUGGAAACUGCUCAUCAAGGAGGUUUUAAAUCCAUUUUACGUAUUUCAACUCUUCAGUGUCUGUUUGUGGUUUAGUGAAGACUACAAAGAAUAUGCUCUGGCCAUCAUAAUCAUGUCCAUUAUUUCUAUAGCUCUGACAGUGUAUGAUCUCAGAGAGCAAUCUGUAAAACUUCACCGCCUGGUUGAGUCACAUAACAGCAUUACAGUCUCUGUAUGUGGGAGAAAAGCUGGAGUCCAGGAGUUGGAAUCACGCUUCCUGGUGCCUGGAGAUCUAUUGAUUUUGACAGGGAACAGACUGCAGAUGCCCUGUGAUGCCAUCCUGAUUGAUGGCAGCUGCGUGGUAAAUGAAGGCAUGCUGACAGGAGAAAGUAUCCCGGUCACUAAAACCCCAUUACCCAAGACUGAGAGUGCUGCACCUUGGAAAACACAGUAUGAGGCAGAUUACAAACGGCAUGUCCUCUUCUGUGGAACAGAGGUGAUCCAAGCCAAGGGAGGUUGCUCUGGGACCGCCAAAGCCUUGGUGCUGCAGACUGGAUUCAACACUGCAAAGGGGGACCUGGUGAGAUCUAUUCUCUACCCCAAGCCAAUGAAUUUUAAGCUCUACAGGGAUGCGAUCAGGUUCCUCCUGUGCCUCGUGGGGACAGCCACCGUUGGGAUGAUCUACACUUUGUGUGUCUAUGUGCUCAGUGGGGAAGCUCCCGAAGAAGUGGUGAAAAAAGCCUUGGAUGUCAUCACAAUUGCAGUGCCUCCGGCUCUACCUGCUGCUCUGACUACAGGCAUUAUCUAUGCUCAGCGGAGGCUGAAGAAGAAAGGCAUCUUUUGCAUUAGUCCCCAGAGGAUCAACAUAUGUGGGCAGUUAAAUCUCCUCUGUUUUGACAAGACAGGCACCUUAACAAGGGAUGGCUUAGACCUCUGGGGAGUUGUGCCCUGCAAUAAGAAUGGUUUCCAGGAAGUCCACAGCUUUGCCUCUGGCAAGGCUUUGCCGUGGAGCCCCCUGUGUGCUGCCAUGGCCAGCUGCCACUCUCUCAUCCUUCUCGAUGGGACCAUCCAGGGAGACCCUCUGGACCUCAAAAUGUUUGAAGCCACCACCUGGGAAAUGGCCGUAUCUCUGGAGGAUUUCCAUAUCAGGGGAGUCCCAGCACAAGCAGUGGUGGUUAAGCCUGGCAAACUGGCCAGCCAGGUCCCAGUGGAAGGAAUCGCAAUUCUCCAUCAGUUUCCGUUCUCAUCAGCACUGCAGAGGAUGACUGUCAUUGUCCAAGAGAUGGGGGGUGACCGGAUGGUUUUCAUGAAAGGUGCACCAGAGAGGGUGGCCAGCUUUUGCCAACUGCAGACAGUGCCGACCAGUUUUGCUAGUGAACUUCAGACUUAUACAACACAGGGCUUCCGGGUUAUAGCACUGGCCUACAAAAAAUUAGCAAUGAACCACCACACCACAGCCUUGAUGAGGGACAAGGUAGAAUCAGACUUGAUAUUUCUGGGAUUGCUGAUCUUGGAGAAUCGGUUGAAAGAAGAGACAAAACCUGUCCUGGAAGAGCUGAUCUCAGCCCGGAUAAGGACUGUCAUGGUUACAGGUGAUAAUCUUCAGACUGCAAUUACAGUGGCCAGGAAGUCAGGAAUGGUUUCAGAAAACCAAAAGGUCAUUCUCAUUGAGGCGAAUGAAGUCACCGGGUCCUCUUCAGCAUCUUUGUCUUGGAAAUUAGUAGAAAAGAAGAAACACAUUGCCUAUGGGCAUCAGGACAACUACAUUAACAUCAGGGAAGAAACCUCUGAUGAUGACAGAGAAGGAAGUUACCAUUUUGCCCUAAGUGGAAAAUCUUUCCAGGUUAUAAAUCAACAUUUCAGCAGCCUACUCCCAAAGAUACUGAUCAAUGGAACCAUCUUUGCAAGAAUGUCACCUGGACAAAAAUCCACUCUGGUAGAAGAGUUUCAGAAACUGGAUUACUUUGUAGGUAUGUGCGGUGAUGGAGCCAAUGACUGCGGGGCUUUGAAAAUGGCCCAUGUGGGCAUCUCUUUAUCAGAGCAGGAGGCAUCGGUCGCCUCACCUUUCACUUCCAAGACUCCAAAUAUUGAGUGUGUACCUCACCUUAUCAAGGAAGGACGUGCAGCCCUCGUCACCUCCUUUUGCAUGUUUAAAUACAUGGCUCUGUACAGCAUGAUUCAGUAUGUUGGUGUUCUGCUGCUCUACUGGGAAACAAACAGCCUUUCAAAUUACCAGUUUCUGUUCCAGGAUCUGGCCAUUACAACUCUUAUUGGUGUAACAAUGAAUCUGAAUGGUGCCUAUCCCAAGCUUGUGCCUUUCAGGCCUGCAGGACGGCUGAUUUCACCGCCUCUGCUACUCUCUGUGAUUUUUAAUAUUCUUCUCAGCCUGACCAUGCACAUUGUGGGCUUCGUGUUGGUUCAGAGGCAGCCCUGGUAUUCCAUGGAGACUCGCAGUGUCUGCACAGUCCAAAAUGAAAGCAUAUGGAAGUCAACCAUUUCUCCUACUAUUCCAGAGAAAAAUUCCACUAAUGGGUCCUUCACAAGUUUUGAAAACACUACUAUAUGGUUCUUAGGAACAAUCAACUGUAUCAUUGUGGCUCUUAUCUUCUCUAAAGGAAAACCAUUUCGGCAGCCCACCUAUACAAACUAUAUAUUUGUCCUUGUGCUGGUCAUACAGCUCAGUGUGUGUCUAUUCAUUCUAUUUGCUGAUAUUCCAGAUUUAUACAGGCGUUUGGAUCUGCUCUGCACCCCUCUCCUGUGGAGGAUCUCCAUUGUUAUUAUGCUCAGCUCCAAUUUCAUUGUGUCCCUUGUUGUAGAGGAGGCCAUUAUUGAAAAUCGAGCUCUGUGGAUGAUAAUCAAGAAGUGUUUUGGCUACCAGUCAAAAAGCCAGUAUCAGAUUUGGCAGAGGGCCUUGGCAAGUGACCCCAGCUGGCCCCCACUAAACCAAACCUCCUACUCAGACAUGCCAGAGGAUGGCAAGGGAGUGAGUUACAGCAAUCCUGUAUUUGAGAGCAAUGAGGAACGACUUUGAGGGCACACGAUAUACAAGUUGAUAAAAAUAUCCAACUGAUGACAAAAGGGACUCAUGAUUUUUAAGCAUCAAGACUCUUGAAAUAUCAGUGGGAGUUUUGGGAAUAAAAAAAAGAAUAUGGUGAUAAAGUCUCACAAAAUACACUUUUCAGAGUGGAACACUGCCCCUGAAGACUACUUUCAUUUAGACUUCUGAAAGAAUUUGGAGUAUUCAGUGAAUCAGUAAUGGGGCAGGGAUUGCAAUGAUCCAAGAGAUGAGGAGGCUGAAGAAGAAGAAUAGUAUGUAAUAUAUUUUUGGAUAGUUUAUUUUCUAAAUGAUUUCCAGGGAACUGGCACUACAUAUAGUUCUAGAAAUGUAACAUGUUAAAGGUCAUUUUUGAAUUCAUAUUUUAUUGCUGGCAACAAAUGCAUGGGAACCACCAAGCAAUCAUCAUUGUCAAGUAUCCAUCCUGGUAUAGCGCUUUUCACCUGAGAUAUUUCCUUCCACUUCUGGCCUUUUCCUGAAGAUAUGGGUGAGAAAGAUUAAGUUAAUACAGCAACACCCACCUGCUCCCAUACCACAGUGAUUUAACAGGCAACAGCUUCUUUCUUGGCAACUAUCCAAAGCCGGUAUCUUCAGAGUGGUGAUACCUUCAAUCUGAUGGUGCCAAGGAGUCGACUCAUGGAUUCGCUGUUUCCUGUGAUGGGGGACAAAUGAGACUGAAAGGCACACAAGGGCUCUUUGUAACCCCAGAGAUGACACUCAUUUCUUCACCACUUGUAUUUGAUGAGACAGGAAUUGACAAAGUUGUUGGGAAAUAGUUGUGUCCUGUUAUUUAGGACUAGGUUUCUAGGUAUAUGAUCCAUGCAGUUACACAGGUUCCUUGUCUAAACAGGACUCCCAUGAUCUGUUCAAUGCCUUUCUAUUAUAAUUUGAACUUUUUAAUUAAUUAAUUAAUUAAUUAAUUUUUUUCAUUGCCACCAGAAUUAUUGCUGGGCUUGGUGCCAGUACUACAAAUCCACUGUGGUGGCCAUUUUUUUCUGCUUUAUGUAUUCUUCCUUUCUUGCUUUUUAUUUUUUUAUUUUACAGGACAGAGAGAAAUUGAGAGGGGAAGGGAAAUAUAGAGGGAGAGAAAAAGAUAGACAUUUAUAGACCUGAAGUGUCCCUGCUGGUGGGGGCUCAAAUCCAGGUCCUUGGGCAUGUACACUUAGCUGGGUACACCACCACAUGGCCCCCCUCAUUUUGAUUUUUUUUUUGUCCCUACCUGCAGGGGGGAUGCUUCACAGGUGGUAAAGCAGUGCUGCAGAGUUGUCUCUGUGUCUUUCUCCCCUUCUGAUAUUUUUUUAACCUAAGCACUGCUCAGCUCUGACUCAUAGUGGUUCAUGGAAUCAAGCCUGGGAGUUUAGAGCAUUGGGCAUAGAAAUCUGUUUGCACAAACAAACAAUCAUCAUUGUCUGUCCCUCCACCCAUAGCCCAUUUUGAAAUUCUUAAGUUUUGAGUAAGGCUCCUUACUUUUUUUAUUUUACACUGGGACCCACAAAUUAUGCAGUUGUCUGGCUUAUAUUUCUGGAUAAGGAAAAAAAAAUAGUUCACCAAAGAGGACUAGUACUUGGCACUAAACUAUAUUCCUGACCUGUGAGCAGAUGUCUUUUGGUUUGAAAGUCUUUCAUCUCAUAUGGCCCACUCCAGCAAUUUCCAUCACUCUGCUCCAGCUUAUUUUGAGAGAAAAACUGAUCUUGUGCUACCAAAUUACAUUUCUGAUAUUUGAGGCUUCAGUUUUCAGAAAAUAAAUGUUUCUUGUAUUUAAUCACUCUAAGAA